GUCAAGUGCUAGAUUACGAUGAGCAGUGUCACGAAGAACACUCUACACUUGAUACCGUAUGUGUGACCUUGAGCAAGAAACGUAUUCACGCUCAGGCUUCAGUUCCUUUCUGUGGGUUGCUGUGAGGCUCCAACGGGGUAAGGUGAGCAAAAAUGCUAUGCCUCAGUACCACUAGGGUAUUUUCUCAGUUCUAAAAUAUUAAGUGGCCACGCACUACAGAUUUAAUAAUAGUUUGGGAGGAGGGGCGUGAGAAGAGGAACAUUCCACUAGCGCAACUAUAAGCUUUCCGAUUUCGGAAAUAAGAAAAAUAUGAAAAAGUCUGCUUUUAGAAUUGAGGAACCACGGUGUCGCGUUGACUUUCUCUGCUCGGUUCGCAAACACUCUUUUCUUGAACUUGAAUGACUUCUCUGUCGCUCAGACCAACCUCUCUCCUGAUUUUCCACACUGGGAUUCUCACUCCAAUUCUCAAGGUUUCCUAAGAGACACGAUGAACACCUGGGCGGUGUAGCUUCCUUCUUUACUGUCAUUGGCUGUCGCUCGUCCAGGUCCCGCCCACAGCGACCUCAAUUCUGAUUGGAUGUCAGUGUCCUUUUGUGAUGGUAAAGCUGGAUCCCGGUGCUUUGAGAUUGGACGACUUGGGGGAGGCGGGCAGCUAAUGCGCAGGCGUGUUUCCUCGAGUCGGGAUUGGCGGGCGGGGUGCCGGGACGGGGCGGGAUUCUUCUCACGCACGUUCUGUGGGCGGAGUGGGCGGAGCUGCCGGCGUCAGUUGGUUCAAGUGUCCCGGCCUGAGGUGUCUGCUUGAUCCCUCCCUCUCCCGGCGCCUCAAGCGGAAGACCAUUCAUCAAGGAUUUUGUAUCCAAGGCACAAAAGUUUGUUGCCCAAGAUGAUGAAUGCUGACAUGGAUGCAGUUGAUGCUGAAAAUCAGGUGGAACUGGAGGAAAAAACAAGACUUAUUAAUCAAGUGUUGGAACUCCAACACACACUUGAAGAUCUCUCCGCAAGAGUAGAUGCAGUUAAGGAAGAAAAUCUGAAGCUAAAAUCAGAAAACCAAGUUCUUGGACAAUAUAUAGAAAACCUCAUGUCAGCUUCUAGUGUUUUUCAAACAACUGACACAAAAAGCAAAAGAAAGUAAGGGAUUGACACCCUUCUGUUUUAUGGAAUUGCUGCUGAUCAUUUUUUCUUUAAAACUUGGAUAGAUUCCAAAAGUUACAGUACCUUUGUGGCUUCAUUGAAUAUUUAUGAAGAAAAUGUCAGAUGUAGACAAAAAUAACACAAUAACAGGAGGCUUCCAUAAGUUUGUGUAUUAUGUUAGUCUAUGAAAACGUGCAAAUGUAUUGUAGAGACUUUAUAUUAGAAUUGCAUAUAUUUAUGAAACUUAAAGAUGAAUGUUUUAUCAAAUUUGUAGGUUUAGCACUGUCUUUUAUUAUAGGAUUAGUAAGAUAUAGAAGAAAAUAACCACCAUGUUGUGAAAAAGUGACCAAAAUCAUGUACUAAAUGCACAGCUUUAUGUACCCUGUCCACCAUCUUGUGCCUCUUUUCCAUUUGCCUCUUCCUUCCUAUUUCCCUUCCCUUAAGGAAAAAAAUUGGUGUCACAUUUGUAAAAGUAAUUUUAAUAGUUAAUCAUCUCUGAGAGUAACCUGUAUUUUCACUGUUGAAACUUAACCAAAAUAAGAUACUGUCUCAGCUAGGGUUUGUCAUUUGUGUAUUUAGUAUUAAGAUAGGAAUGCUAGUGUCUCUUUAAUUAAUUGGAAAUAGAUGGAGGCUAAAAAUGAAGGUUUUUCUUUGAAACUGAAUUAACUUGAGAAAUUUGUUGUUAAAAACUUCUUUUUGCACAAAAUAACUCAUUUUGUAUUAUCUGAAAAUAUAUAAUUUCUGGUCAUGUGUAUGUUUAAAAUAGAAAAUUUUGAGGAAAAAUGGAAAUAGGGUGGAAAAGUACUUGGUAAACAGUAGUAACCAACUUCAAAUAUUUUCACUCCAGAUUUGUGUUUUCUCUGGCACAGAGUAGAUCUUUUGGGAAAUAUAUAUGAUUAAGUUUGACUACCCUUGUGUAAGCCACAUCUGGAUGAGAACAGUUACAAAGAGUUUGGUCUCUAAGUUGAUUCGUACCCAGCAGGUCAACUUUUGCAAAAUUCCGUAACAGUGUGUUAGUAUUAGAAUAGUGAAUAAAAUGGGAGUUUUACAUGUAUACUUAUUAUCUUGCUCAGUAUUUUAUCUCACUUGUUCUAGAAUUUUCUGUAAACCUGCUACUGGGUUUGAAGAGUUUUAGUCAUCCUUUAACAAUUUUUAAAAAUUUAGCUUGUAGAUUCCAUUUGGUAAGGAAAUCAGUAAUGGAAGUAAUGCUAAAAUCUUAUAAUAUGAAAAGAGAUCCACUAAUAUAGCUUAUGGUUAUUUGAUUUGGGCUACUUUUAAUCAUGGAAUAAUCUUAUGUAUUGGUGUAAGAGUUGAUGAAUGACUUUAGCUGUGUGAAUAUAUAAUAGUGAAACUGCAAACAUUUUGCAUCUCUUUUGUGACCUAAUUUACAGACAUUUAAAUUGUGUUGCAGUUCUGCUUUGCUGUUUAAUAAAAAGCUAUUUCAGA